UUUAUUUAUUUUAUGUUGAAUGCAGUGUGGACCUUUUUGUAUUUGUCAUAUGUAAUUAUUUCGCGGUGGCCCAUUAUAUUGCACGUAAUAGUGUAUGCUGAUGAACACUAUAAAUUAAACUUAUUUAAGCCCAGUAAUAUGGGUGGGAACGCCAUUAAAAUUGGUGGAGACUGAGAGAGUGUUUUCACACCUGGUCGUGUUUGUGUAUUUUAUUACCUCGUAGAUCGAACACCAAAAAAAAAAAAACAGAGAGAAAAAAACAUGUCGCAGAAGCCAGACUACGAAUCCUACCCGCCGCUGUUUCGUCCGUCGCCGUCGUCUGUCAACCCAAACCAUGGCGGCGUUGAGAAAGGCUCGCCGGAAAUGGAGGCGGCGGCGGAAGGAGACGGCGUUCCCGUCAUAGAUUUUGAGUGCAUGAAGGACGGGGAAAAGGUAACAGAGGCAUGCAGAGAAUGGGGUUUUUUCAGGUUGGCGAACCACGGAAUCCCAGAAAGUUUGAUGAGUGAAAUGUUGGAACGUGCGAGGGAGUUGUUUUCCAUGGCCUACGAAGCCAAGCAGGCAGCGUUCAACAGCGGCGCGGCAUCCUACAUCUGGGGCACGGCGGCGGUGACGCCGUCAGGGGCGGCGCUGGCCGCCAGCAACUUCCAUUGGAUGGAAGGGCUGAACAUUCUGCUAAGCAAAUUGCCGCAGCUUCAUUACGAAGAUCCGAUGCUCGAAUCUUUCAGAUCCUUGGUAGAAGAAUACGGAAAGCAUCAAGCUAGGGUGGGGAAGGCAAUAUACGAAGCAUUGUGGAGGAAAGUAGAAUUGGGAACAUUAAAGUUGUCAAAAUACGAUGAACUAUCAAUAAGGUAUUUCUCAGAAGAUACUGGAGUAUUACGUGUACACCGAUACCCUCGGUGUUUGGAGGCUAAUCGGGCAUGGGGUGUAGACGUACACACUGAUAGUUCACUCCUCACAAUCUUGCACCAAGAUCUUGUUGGAGGGCUUCAAGACUACAAGGAUAAUCAAUGGAUCCAAGUCAAGCCUAUCCCCAACACCCUCAUUGUCAACAUUGGAGAUAUGUUCCAGGCGAUUAGUGAUGACAAGUAUGUUAGUGUAAACCACAAGGUGAAAGUGAACGAAGAAAAGGAGAGAAUAUCUGUGGGAUAUUUUGUUUUCCCAGAAGAUGAUGUCGUGAUUGAGAGCUCCAAGUACAAGCCCUUCACUUAUGUCCAAUUAAGUCUCAAAUAUAAGUUUUUGAGAAUAAUAGAAAACAGGAAUUGCAAAAUAUUUCAUAUGACAUUUGAGAAAAAUUCACUCUAUUCAGAGAUGGAUAUGAGUAUUGGUAUUAAAAGAGUUGACAACUAACGCUUGAAAUUG